ACACUCUCCUACAUCCCACAAACUUCCACUCUCUCCCAUUCACGCCUGCAAACUUCGCGGUUUAAAUGGCGGCCCUAACCCGCCUAUCAAAACCCUCCUUCUCCUCCGUCUACCGCAUAAGCCGGUGCCUGUACUCAGGCGCCGCCCCUGAGACCACCUCUCACGGCGCCUCGCCUUACAGCCCGCGCUUGGGGCCCACGUCCAAUCUCGCCGUCAAGGAUCCCAAGGACCGCAGCGUGCAGUGGGUCUUCCUGGGCUCGCCGGGCGUCGGAAAAGGCACAUACGCCAGCCGGCUCUCGAAUCUCCUCGGCGUUCCUCACAUCGCCACCGGAGAUCUCGUCCGCGAAGAGCUCGCUUCAUCCGGCCCCCUCUCUCAAGAGUUAUCAGAGAUCGUGAACCGGGGGAAGUUGGUGUCUGAUGAGAUCAUAAUAAACUUGUUGUCGAAGAGAUUGGAGGCUGGGGGAGCUAAAGGGGAACUGGGUUUUAUUCUCGAUGGUUUUCCUCGAACGAUUAGACAAGCUGAAAUAUUGGAAGGGGUGACGGAGGUUGACUUGGUGCUCAAUCUGAAGCUCCGGGAAGAUGUGCUGCUCGAGAAAUGCCUUGGGAGGAGAACUUGUAGUCAGUGCGGUGGAAAUUUUAAUGUGGCAUCCAUUAAUGUCACGGGUUCAAAUGGUCAUCCUGCAAUUAGCAUGGCUCCGCUUCUUCCCCCUGCACAUUGUAUGUCAAAGCUUGUUACUCGAGCAGAUGACACUGAAGAAGUGAUUAAACAUCGGAUUCACGUGUACAAUGAGAAGAGUCGGCCUGUAGAGGAGUUUUACCGUAGUCGGGGGAAACUGUUGGAGUUUGAUUUGCCAGGAGGUAUCCCGGAGUCUUGGCCCAAGUUGCUUGAAGUUCUUAAUCUUGAUGAUUACAAGGAGAAGCAGUCUGCUGCUGCAUAAUUUAUUAUAUUGCACCUUGAAAAGGUGAACACGCCAUUCUCUUGACGCAUAAGGUGCGAACUAGGGUUUUGGAUAAUUUGAAUUUUUUGGAAGGUUGUUUUUUCAUGGAGAGAAUUCAGUUAUAUUGCAUCGGGAGCGAGUCUUUCCAUUACUAUUGUUUAGUUGAGCGGAUGAUUUAUUUACCUACAAUUUUGGCAGCAAUAAGCCCCUGUAAAGGAGGCUGGGCAUACUGUAUUCUUGUAGCGUAUAAUUGAUUAAUAUAUAGCAAAUUGCGUCCUGUGGGGCUCAAUAAUUGGUUUUGA